UUCGGCAUGCACAAUAAAAUUAUAACACAGAUGGAUAUUUUGGGAAAUUGGAUUACAGAGGAUAUGGGAAGCAUUUAAUUGCUUCCCUUCAGCUGCAAUGAACUGAAGAUAAGAUCAUUGGUUCGGUUAUAACAGAAAGAGCUAAAAUGGCAGAUAAGACAACAAAGCAGGCCCAACAGAAAUUUACAAACCUGCGUAAACGCCUUGACCAACUUGGGUAUCGGCAAACUUUAGGAUUAGAAUCACUUCCAUUGGUGGAAAAGCUGUUUUCAGACCUAGUACACACAACAGAGAGUCUGAAACAUGCAAAACUAGAUCUUGGGAAACAGGAUGUUGAACACAAAGACUUUGACACAGCAGUUGAACCAUACAAAAGUGACAAUGCCAAACUUGUGAAGGAAAAUAAUGAUCUGCAUCAACAACUAAUAAAACACAAGGAAGACUCGGAUGCAGUUAUUAGAGAACUGAAGGCUUCACUACGCAAAUUAGAACAUGAAAAUGCUGACCUCAAGUUUCUCAGCAACCAGUAUGUACAUAAGGUCCGACAGCUGGAGAAAGAGUCCAAAGCCAAGUCUGAGCGCAUCCUUCACCUACAGGAGAAAAAUUUCCAUGCUGUUGUACAAACACCAGGUGGUAAGAAGAAGAGCAUUCCGUUUCGGAGACAGCGUAUGGAGAUUGACACAGCUGUGCCUGACUUUGAUGGUCCCAGUAGACCAAUGUUGUUGUCUACAGAUGACCCUUAUGUUGCUGACCUCCUCCAAGUGGCAGAUACACGGAUAUCAGAACUAGAGAGACAACUCUCCGUCUUCAGAGACGAAAAGGAUGUGAUUGAUAGAAAGCUGAAGAACUUCAGACAGCAGGUUGAAGGUCGUGAUGAUGAGAUAGAACGCCUUACCAAAAUGUUAGACGGCGGCCGACCCUCAGACGUGGUGGCCCUGGAGGCCAGGAACCGCGCCAACGAGAGGAUGAUAUCUCAUCUCAACAUACAGAUUGACUUCCUCCAGCAGAAGACACGAGAGAUGGAGAGAAAGUUACAUGACAGCAACAACGAACGUGACGACUGUGAAUCACAACUUUCUAAACUGCAACUGAAGAAUCGUGAACUGGAAUCUCGUAAUCGAGAGUUAGAGUAUGAUCUGAAGGACGUUGAUUUGAUGGCUAAACGUCUCCAGGUCGACAAAGAAGAUGUUGUAAAAACAGCAGACCGGGAAAUGGGCGAGGCAAAGGAUGAACUAGAGAAGUCAAGACAUGAACUAGAAGACCUGGACCUUAACUUGGCUCAGUUAAAAGCUGAGAACCAACGAAUUAUCAAGGACUACAAUGAAUCCAAGGCACAACUUUCCAUAAAAAAUGGUGAUCUACUUCGUCUAGAGGAAUUGCUGGAUCGUGUCUCAGAGGACAAGAAGCGCCUUAGCCAUCGUGUCAACAAACUUAUGUCCAAUGAGAAAGAACUGGUACUUGAAAUCGAGAAACUCAAGAGAAAGAAUGGUCCCAGUGUUGGAGGCAAGAAGACUAAAACGCCAAGUAAACUGGACGCAUUUAUUCGCAGUCUUGAGGAGGAGAGAAACUACUACCGUGAUCAGUCAGACGCUCUUCAGAAAAUGUUACGAGGCGAGAUUCCUUCACGAGGACGUAGCCCGUCCCACUCUCGCACAUCGUCACGUUCUGCCAGUCCUGUUAGAGAGGUUGCCUCCUCCAAGUCUGACAAAAAGACACUGGUUCAGUAUGAGACGAUCCUGCGGGUGCUAGAGGAGGAAAAGGACUAUUACAAGAAAGAGUAUGAGGUCCUCAAGGCACUAAAGAAGUCCUCCUCUUCUGCCAGAGCCACCCCCACAAAGGGUGUGUCAGAGGAUCCAGAGGUUUCCAAGUUGAUAAGGGAAAGAGAUGAGAUGCGGGCAUUAUUAGAUAAAUUUGAACGCCACAUGGCAGAGAUCCAGGCCAAUGUAAAGGUGCUGACCGCUGAACGAGACAAGCUCAACACUAUGUAUGAAGAGUCUAAAGAUGAGCUCCACAGAGUGCGGAGAGAAAUGGUGCGAUCCCCAAAAUCUCCGAAGACAUCACUGGCAGCACAGGCAGUUCUACGACGUGUGGAAUGUGAACGUGAUGAUGCACUCUCUGACCUUCGACGCAUGUCAACAGAAAGAGACAGUCUGAGAGAGAGACUGAAGAUCGCCACAGAGACAUCACUGUCAGAUCGAGCCAAGUUGGAACAGAGGAUUGAGGACCUUGAGUCCACCAUUUCCACCGUGGAUGUUGAGAAGAGGGAAUUUGUACUGCGGAUUUCAACCAUAAAGGAAGACCUCCGAAGUUAUGAAGAACAAGUGCGAGAGCAGGCCAUUCGACUGACACAGGUUCAGGAUGAGGCUUCACAGGCACGCUCCACCGCAGCUCAGAUGAAGAUGUUGGCAGAGGAGACAGAAAAGUCCCUAGAGGAGACACAAAAACGCCUCGGCAACAACGAAAAGAAUCUUCACUCACAAGAGCAACACAAUGCUGAAAUAGAGGAUCGUAACUCUGAUUUGUCGCGAACCAACCAGCUAUCACGGGAGGAGAUUGCCCAACUCCGAACCACCAUCAGUGCCCUGGAUCGUGAGAAGGACUCACUGCAGCAUGCUGUUGAUGACAAGACAGAAAGAAUGGCCAGAUUGACAGAUGACAUCUUACACAAGGAAAAGAUAAUGGGUGAUCUGAAGAUAAGGAUCAGUGAGCUGGAGGCUCAGAGAGAACAUUCCAGUGAGAGCCACAAUAUGAAAGAUCGGGAAUUGAAGAGCAUGCGUCGACAACUAGACAGUACAGGUGAAGACUUGAGUGAAACAAGCCGCAGCAAGGAUAUUGCACUUCGUGAGAAUAGACGUCUUCAGGAUGAUCUUGCCAUCAUGACAAGAGAAAACCAGAAAUUAAACCAAGAGUUGCAGGAUGCCCUUGAUGAGAAGGAGACGAUGAAGGGUCAGGCCCAGGAUUACAUGCUAGAGGUCAAACGCACGGAGGAACAUCUCUCUAAAAAGGAACAAGAGCGAAGUGACCUUCUGGACCAGUACAGAGCCUUGUCAGUGGAGGCGGAGCAGUACCAGACCUCCACUCACCAGCUGGAGAGUGAGGGCUCUAACCUUCGACUGGAGAUCAUGACAAAGGACUCUGAGCUCCGACGUGUCAGGGACAGGCUGGAAAACUUAGAACGGGAAGUCCAAGAGCAUCUGAGUGCCCAGCAGGCUUAUGAAUUACAGAUUUCCAGUCUCACAAGGUCAGUGGCAAACUUAGAGGAAAAUCUACGCCAGGCAGAAGAGGACAAACAGAACCUGCUGGUUGAUCUGGCUGCCGUCAGGGAGCUGUGUGCUAAACUAGAGUCUACAAAGGAUUCACUGCAACGUCAACUCACCUCAGCCAGCCUAGACAAGGAACAGCUCCAGACAAUAAUGGAGGACAUGCGUCAGGAGACAGAGCUGCUGAAGAGCCAGAUGACAUCGGAGCGGACGUCUGUGAAGAGUCUGGAGGGAAUACUACAGUCAAACAGAGAGAAAGAGUUCCAGUCUCAAUUGUCAGCUCAAGAGAAAUGUGCCGAGAUACAGAUGCUGAAGGAUCGACUUUCUCUCAAUGAAAGCAAGAUCCAAAGUUCAGGUCGUGAGAUUGCCAGUCUGCGGACCAGAAAUGUGGAACUGGAAGGAGAUGUGGAGCGCCUAAGGAGGUCACUUACCAGUGAGAAGUUUGAACGAGAGAGAGCCAUUCAGGAGCUGAGGAGACAUGGUCUGACUCCCCCAAUACCCACUAUGGAAUACUCUUCGUCCUAUUCUUAUACAAAAACCACAACCCAUAAUAGUCUGACAACUUCAAGAUCAAGGUCUCCCAGUCCUAGAAGGAGCCAGAGUCCCGACAUGUACCGCAGUUCAUCUAGUAGGCGGAAUCUAACACCAGAUCGUCCCAGCUAUCUAGAUGAUCCACUAGACACCUCAGUUAAAAGUAUUGGGCAGGAUUAUUCCUGAUCCUAGAUGCUAAUUAGUGGCUAAUUGAUGCUG